GAGAAGUCUAGGGCUCAGGGGUGGGGUUGGAGAAUGCAGACAGAGCAACAGCUUGAGCUCUGGGACUACAGUGAAAGUAAGAACGUGGUGUGCUCUCAAUGAAGGAGUGAGAAAGAGAAAGCCAGAAAGAGAGAUGAAAGGAAACAAGACACAUCAAUCUACGUAAAGGAGGGCGUGCGGACAAAAGACUGACAUUGUAGUUCUACAGGAGCCUAGCGGAGGGGGAGAAAAGAGGGGGGAAAGGAGAGAGGAAAGGAGAGAGGCGCAUGAGAGAGACACAUGAGAGAUUUUUAUAGGGUACAGACAGAGAUAUGAUAGUCUGCUUAUAGAAGAGUGUGCCUGGAAACGCUCUGAGAAAGAGACAGAGGGGGAGAGACAGACAGAGAGAGAGGGAGGGAGGGAGAGAGAGAGAAAGAGAGGGCGGAAAAUGAGGGGGGAGUGAGUGAGACAGAAAGAUUAACCACAGUCAGAAAGAGCGAGAGUGAGCAGUGAAGGACAAUCUGGGACAAAUAACAAGGGAGGGAGGGGGAGGUAAAAAUAAGAAAAGGAAAUAGGGGAAAGGUCUGAAACAAACUAAUGUGGAAGUGCUGAGUGAAGGACAAUAGGAGAGAGGGAGAGAGAGAGAAGAAGAGGAGGGGGCCAGCCAGAGGAAGUAGCAGGGCGAGAGAGGCAUGAGGGGACUGUUCUCCUUUAUGCUCACCCUGUCCAUCCUGGGGACUGUCAUGACUGCACUCGUCUGGUACGUCUUCAGCAACCGUAAUGUCCAACCUGGCAGACUCCGCCACAAAAGUAAUAUUAUGAACUCUGGGCCAGUCCCCUCCAGAACAUGCAAGGGCUGCAGGGAUACAGUCACUGAAAAAGUGGUGGAGCGCUACUCUCACAGCUGGAAGAAGCAGGAGGACAAGUUCAGAAAUUUCAGGUCUCUUCUGAGUAACAGAUGUCAUGGACUCACCAAGGCUAUGGUGACACAGGCUAACACUCCUCUGGGGUCAAAGGUUGUGUACGAUGGAGAGAAGAGGAAGCCUCUUCAGGUGACCCCUGAACUGUUCAGCACCUUCGCUAAGGAGAAUCCUUUUGUGAAUACGACAUGGGAUACGUGUUCUGUCGUUGGGAAUGGGGGAAUCCUAGCUAAUAGCAGCUGUGGAGAGAAAAUCGACUCCGCCCAGUUUGUUAUCAGGUGUAACCUCCCUCCUCUGGAGAACGGCUAUGAGAGAGACGUGGGCAACAAGACAGACCUGGUGACAGCUAAUCCCAGCAUCCUCAUGGAGAAAUAUGGGGGCCUGCAGGAGCGUCGUCGGCCCUUCGUGGAGAGCCUGCGUAGCUAUGGCGACUCCCUGAUGCUCCUGCCAGCCUUCUCGUACGGCCACAACACACCCGUGUCUCUGCGGGCCCUCUACACCAUCCAGGACUUUGACAGCCCUUCGCGGCCCGUCUUCCUCAACCCAGAGUACCUACAGAGUCUGGCGCGCUUCUGGCAGGGCCAGGGCCUGCGAACGGUACGCCUCAGCACAGGACUCAUCGUGGCUAGCCUGGCGCUGGAGCUGUGUGCCAACGUGCAUCUCUACGGGUUCUGGCCCUUUAAUAAACACCCCCACCGACACCAGAACCUCACCAACCACUACUACGACGACAGGCAGAGUAAGAAGACGGUGCACGCCAUGCCUGCUGAGUUCGACCACCUGCUAAGACUCCACACCCAGGGCGUGCUCAGGAUACACCUGGGAGAGUGUACACCCACCGCCAGUCCUGGAUGUAGCUCAAAGAUGGCCUGGGCCUCAGCCUCAGUCUCAGGCUUCAGUCUCCCGGUUGGCUCUCUGGGUAGUGCCAUGCCCACACUGGUACAACACAACACAACCUCCCAGACCCAGAAGCCUUGGGCUGGGCCCAACAUCAACGUCUCUGGACCAUCAGGACUGGGGCAGGGUGCUUCUGAAGACCCCAUACAGGGUUCAGACUCAGAGCAAAGGACAAAACACAGGAGGGGGAACAGAAGAAGACCAGGGAAGUGAUGACACCCAUAAACAUUUCUGGGGAGUCCCCUUUCAUAAAGAGUUUUCAUGGUUACUGGCAUUCUAGAGCUUGAAUUAUUUCCCUAUAAUGCAAGGUAUAUUUGGAAGGUAGAAUUCAUUGGCUAUUCAUUCUUACAUGUUCUAUGUUUGAACUGCUUUUGAAAGCAAAUGUCAAAUUGAAAACAUUGUCAUAUUUUUUAUUCGAUUUUCAUAAUGGUAAGCUCGGACUAAUGGUUUUAUUAGCUAAACUAGCAAGUCUGUUUGUUUGGUUACCACGGCAAACUGUAGCUAUCUAGUAAACUUGCUAGCUACUUUAGUGGAUGUUGAACACAUUUCUAGCGUCAAAUGUCUUAAAUUAUAGCCAUGGUUGUCACGCCCUGAUCUGUUUCACCUGUCCUUGUGCUUGUCUCCACCCUGCUCCACGUGUCGCCCAUCUUCCCCACUUAUCCCCUGGGUAUUUAUACCUGUGUUUUCUGUCUGUCUGUGCCAGUUUGUCUUGUUUGUUCAAGUCAACCAGCGUUUUGUCUCAGCUCCUGCUUUUUCCCCAGUCUCUCUUUUUCUCGUCCUCUUGGUUUUGACCCUUGCCUGACCUGACCCUGGGCCUGCCUGUACCUUGGCCCCACUACUCUGGAUUAUAGACCCCUGCCUGUCUUGACCUGUCGUUUGCCUGCCCCUGUUGUUGCAAUAAACAUUGUUACUUC